GGCCUUGAGGAAAUCUGUAACACUUACGUGUGACUGUGUGUGACGACUGACGAGUCGAGUCAGUGAGAGAGAGAGAGUGUGAGUGCAUUGGAAGUGUUUUUGUUCUUCGUCGUCUCGUCGUCGUGAAAUAAGAAAAGGAGGAAAGAGAGCGAAGAAAGAAUAAGUUCUCUCUUCUAGAAGAUUUUAGCAGGAGAUAUAUAUUUAGGCAACAUGGCUUCAUCAGGAUCAGUUUUUUCUCCUGAAGUUUUGAGAUAUUUGAAGUAUUAUAAUUUUGUGAGGCACUGGGGUGAAAAAGUGGUUUAUACGAUAUACAACCUAAGCUUUCUCCACGGACAACACAAGAGCAUCCGAGAGAUUCUCGAAGAUAACCAAGUUCCACUACAAGGGAGGAGUCCUUUCAAUACCCAGGAAAUCGAAAAUCUAGAAAACAAGCGUCCAAAAGAUUUGGACAUCACAUUAAUGAACAGAAUCUGCCAGAUUCUUUGGGAAAAGAGGGUGAAUGACCCUGGCGAUAAAUUAAAACAAUUAUUAAAAGAUAUAAAAAAUAAUAGGAACAUUAUUAGCCAUGAAAAGCUGCAUAUAUCUGAAUCAGAUUUGGUAGAGAAACUCUCUGAAUUUCAAACAUUGCUCGAGGAAACUCUUAAGGAAACCAAGUCUCUCUUUCCAGACCAAUUUGCUGACAUUGAUCAGCUUAAAGCAGAGAUCCAAGAUGCUGUUCCAAAGACCCUAGAAAAGAUCCGUGAGAAAUAUGAUCCCUCAAACCCUCACGAUGUACAUAAGCUUAAAGAAGAAAUAAAAGAAUUUGAGAGUGAGUUGUCUGACAUGAUACAAGAAUCUUCUGAAGCAGAACUCCGAUCUCUUCAAGAACGCCUCUGUCAGAUUUUGCCCUACGACUGGCUCGUUCAGUAUGGUCUUACAGAUCCAUGUAACAUCAUGGUCUGUUUACACGUGGAGGAUGAUCAGGGGUUAAAUAGUGGUCCCUGUGGCAAUAUAAGUAUCAAUGUAAAUCAAAAAGAUAUCCUCACCAUUAAAGACUCAAGGGGAAAAGACCCUGAAGUUAUUAUUAUAUCCGGUGACGCAGGUUCUGGAAAGACCACAAUGCUUUGUUCCUGUGCAGAAGGAUGGUGCAAGAAGACAAUGGAUAUGCCAGAACUCUCUUCAUUCCCGUUUUUGCUCUAUAUGAACUUCAGAAAUCAUGAACAUGACAACUUUGAUGAUUAUCUUAAGAGUGUGAUACCGAUAACUGUUUCUCGAUUUCCUUUUGAUCGAGUCAAAUCGGUACUCCUAGGUUCGAUGUGUUUGGUCUUAUGUGAUGGCUAUGAUGAAGCCAACAUCAAUUCAAGUAAACUCUUUGAAGAAAUGCUAAAACUUAACUCAAAUAAGAUGAAAUUUGUUGUCACAACCCGCCCAGGGAAUACAGAGACAGUAACAAAUAUUGUGAACAGAGAAAAACGUUCCAGAAUCAAUUUCAGAGUUUCAAGUCUUCAGAAACAGGAUAUGAUCUUGCUCUCAGAAAAACUCAUUGGCCACCUGGUGAAAAUUCAUGAAACCCGACAGGAACUGAAUAAAAAACUGCUUCAGAAAAUAGAAGAAAUGAACACUAGUACUAGUGACAUCCUGCAAACGCCACUGUUUUUUAACCUGUUCGUUCUUCUCUACAUUGAAUGUCCAGAUUUAAGAGAUGAAAUGAGCACCACCAAGACAUCACUUUACUUACAGCUGAAAAAGCACAAGAUCAAGAGAAUCUCCAAUAAGACAGGAACUUCUGUUGAAUCACUGGAGGAAUUUGAUGCACUAUAUAGAGAAUGGUCUCUGAAGCAUUACAUUGAGAGGAAAUAUGAAUGGUCUGAGUCAGAUGUAAGAAGCUUUAAAAACGAGAUUCAUAGGCAGGAGGUACAGGAGGUACUUCAAAACUUUGAUGCCAUCAUGUCAUCUUAUUUCUCCAUAAAGCUAACAGUAAAACAUCUGGAUAUUGUAAAGGUAUACUGCCACAGGCACAGAAGUGAACAGGAGUUUGCAGUUGCAGGCAAUAUCUGUGAUGGCAUCAUCACAUCAAGUGGAAGGCCACAAGGAGGAAACAUUGUCCGAGAUGUACUGCGGUUAAAGGGGUUAUAUGAUAAAGAUGGUCUAUCGGGGAUACUUAGGGAAUUAAGAGAAGUCGUUUACUUCAUACCAGGAAUACUUUACAAUAAUGAUAAAGGUGCAUUAUACAAUGCAAUAAAAGACAUUCUUGAACUCUAUAUAUCAUACAGCCUCUAUCAUGGUACACAUGAUUAUCUUUUGGAACCAUAUUUUGAAACUAGAUUGGACGAUAAGGUUUUGGAAUCACUUGUGUCACAGAUGGAGAGAGUACCGUCCAUGAAGCAGCGAGUAAAAUUCACAAGAACCGACAGCCUUCGUGUCCUACCGUCCUUACUGUCUAAACUGAGGCCCAAAUGGAUUGAAGUAAGAUUUGUAUCAAACGAUCUUUUGCAGCUCAAUGAAACACUGGAGGCUGCCCAAGGAAACACUAGCACAGAGAUUUGGAUUGUGAGAAGCUUAAAGAACUACGCAGAACUUUCAGGAGAGCUUUUGCAUUCAGUGAAUGAACUGAGACUGGAUAUUCUAGAUGACGAUUACCAAGACUUAGAAAGCCUUCGCCCCAUUUCUCCCAUGACUUCAACAAAAGAACUGAUAUUGAAAUACAAAAUGAAGACUGCUUCUGCGGAUCGUGUUGCCGAAGUCAUAAACAAGACAUUUCCGACAAACCGGGCAGAAAACACCACCACUAAUUUAGAGAUUGCCUUAAGUGACAGACACGAAGUCAUGCCUUUUCUUCAGUCGCUAAAUAUUCGUCCUUUGGGUUCAGUGUGGUCAAUGAGGUCACUAACUCUUGAUAUGGGUUGUGCCAAGAAGUUUGAGGUUGAUGAGGACUUAAAGACAUUCUGCUGCGUGAAAGGAUUUGGAGAAGUAUCCUUUGCCUUGUGCAAUCAUGAGGCUGAAAGACUGACAGCGGAAAAAGAAGGGUUCGGGCAGCACUGGAGAUUCUGAAUGCAGGCUUCCCUUAAAGGACCCUCCGAGCAGUGUUGCCACAUAUACAGAUUAAUCUUAAAUAUACAGUUUUUUCAGCCUGAUUAAGAUUUCCAGAUUUUUCUUGAAAAAUAAGCAAAUAAUACAGAUCUUUUUAGGAGGCAACAGAAACCUAGUGUAUUUUCCAUUGAGUUCUUUAAUUUCUAAGCAACUAUAUAUCACAUGACUAACAAAAUAUACUGUCCAACUCCAUCAUUAUGUAAAAUUUGUUUACUUCAGUUACUCAAAGUUAAUUGAUGCAAGUGUUUUGCAUCAAUAAACUGGAAAACAAAAAUCUGAA